AUGACUAUUACGCAAGAAAAACUGGAAGACUUGUCGAGGGGAAUCCUCCUCCCGAUUGUGUUGGUGCUCGACGCCUGGGUGUUCCAGUACCUGGUGUUUGUCUAUUGGCUGCGGCGUCGCGAGUUCCGAGUGAAAAUGCUGCUAGUCGCGUCGUUCCUUGCCUUUAUCACGCACAUUUACUCCCACGAGACGUACGAGACGCUGUGGGAAUAUAACGACAUCUCCGAGACGUGUCUGCAGCUGACGUUCACGAUCCAGAUCACGAUCAUCGGUCGCGAUGUAUCCAAGAAAGUCAAGCUCCGCUCUAUCGUCCACUUCACGCACGCUGCCGAGGUGCUGAUCCUCGCGAGUUGGAUCGACGUGCUCGAGACUGCGCUCGAAGUCGCGGGCGUCAAUCUGGGCACGAGAAUGCACGGACUGGAGAAUUGGGUGGAGUCUCUCUCGCUCGCGUUCGUGCUGGUCUUUCGCUUCUUCUAUCUAUCGCUGUCUUGUGGAGCUGCACGGGUGCUGGCGAAGCGUAAAUUGGAGUUCACCCUCUAUUUAUUGGUAGCAGUGCAUGAACUCCCGUUCGUUCUACUGGAAUAUUUAACAGGUGUGAACUGGGAGUUUGUACAAGCUAUCGUCAUGCGCGUGCUGAUCGUCGCGUGUAUAAUGAUCAACGUGAUCCAUAAAGCUCGACGUAGUGGCCGCUCCAGCAUGACCGUUCGAAGUGCGAUGCGGUCAACCGGGCGCGAGGAAGAAAUGCCAGAGCCCGGUGGGAAUACGCCCAGUCUGUUAACGCUAGCAACGAUCCCCGCGCUAGUUCGGAAGUUAAAGUUCAACACCGCUAUAGCCAAAGCUGCCAGCAUGAAGAAAAUCUUCGUAGGCCCCGCAUCCGCCAAACGCCAAACGUAG